AGCUCCCCCUGCAGGCACUAGAUCUCUUUUACAUAGUCCUGCGCUGAUUUUCUUCUCGCGGUAGCUUCCUUACAAAUUGCAUCAAUUGAUUCUCACUUGAUACUUAACUUGUCCAGAAACAACUCUAAGUGCGCAACACUUAGUUUUACAGCACCACACAACUUACAUCAACUUUUCGCCGUACUACCCCGUUAUCGACCAUACCACGCGUUGUACUUGCUUGUCCCCGCUAAACGGUUCCGACCAUCUAUUAAUUAACGAAAGACUCAUCUCUUCGUGAGUCCCUCUUCGUUUUUAUCACCGUCUCCUUUGUAAAGAAACUGAGAACCACGACCACCCCACACUUCCGACACCAUGGCGUCCCGUACGAGAUAUGAAAGUAGCUCCGAAGUUGGCGUCUUUGCACGAGUAACCAACAGCUACGCGUUGGUUGGGCAUGGCGGCUCGGAAAGUUUCUACUCCAGCAUACAGAGCGAACUGCCGGAAAACUUUCCAGUUGUGCACUGCACCAUCGGCGAUUGCAGAAUCGUUGGCAGAUUGACGGUAUCUACUAUGUUGCUUUAGGAACUGCUUGUUGCCAUGUUGCAUGAAAAGGUGGAAGAGAGACCGACGAUUAUUGUCAUGCAAGAAAAGAAAACGCGAAGGAAUUAUCAAUUAUGGGAAUGUUCAUCUUGCGGUUUCUGGAUAAUUGUGCCACUGAAAAAUAAACUGAAUCUUCAUGAUCUCAGGUCGGCAACCGCCACGGGCUUCUUCUUCCUAACACCACCACCGAUGCGGAAAUGCAGCACCUGAGGAACAGUCUCCCCCCGGAGGUUAAGUUGCAAAAGGUCGAAGAGAGGCUAAACAGCCUAGGGAACGUGAUCGUGUGCAACGACUAUGUUGCUCUGGUCCAUCCGCAGCUUGAUAAGGAAACGGAGGAGAUCAUCCAGGAUGUCCUGAAGGUACUUUUGAAGGAGUUGCUGCAUUGGUAAAUUUAUGAAUUUUUUUUACUGGGAAUAUAAAACAUGCAUGAAAAAAGACCGGUGUGGUCAGUUCAUUUGCACGAAGAAGCACCGCAUGGUGCGGGAAAAACUGAAACGGCUUUCCGAAAUCCAUUUUUUUUUACCAGGUUGAGACCUUCCGGUACGCCAUCGCUGGAAACGAGCUGGUCGGCAGCUACUGUGUGCUGACCAACAGAGGAGGAUUGUGCCACGCACAUACACCCGUUGAGGAAUUGAAAGAACUUAGUAAUUUGCUGCAGCUGCCACUCACUGCAGGUACUACUGUUUUUUUUGCAUUUUUUUCACCAUUUAUAUUAUUUGCUUCAACUGUAGCACGAGGACGCGCAUGGCAGCCCCCUUUGUGAUUCUGUUCUUCGCAACCCAAAUUCGUCCGAUUUUCAACAUUUUCAUAUUCUGCUCAUCUUACAGGUACCGUGAACAGAGGUAGCGAGGUUGUCGCAGCUGGCGUGACCGCGAACGACUGGCGAGCAUUCGUCGGUAUGGACGCAACCGCGACGGAAGUUGGUAUAGAACAAUUCAUUUGUGCACAUACAUAGAUUUAAUAGAUGCUAAGUAAUACUUCUAUGAGACGACCGGUUAGUUUCUUGACGCGCAUGAAAGAUGAUUUUCUUUUCCUGUUACUGUCACUGUUUCGCAUGACAAUCCAACAUUCAACACAGCGGUGGUGGAGAACAUCUUCAAGCUUCGCGAAGUCGACGACAGCAUGGCCGGAGCGCUUAUCGACACGCUUGCAUAG